AUUCGUGGAAGAGACUUGGAGAGAUCUUUCUCAAUGUCUCCUCUCCCAAUCUUCCAUCGUCUUCCUCACGCCACGUUCUCUUCCUUUCUCCUCUCACUGAUUUGCGGAUUCAAGAAUGUUAAAGAUGUCUUUAAAUGUGUAUUAAACUCGUGGGCCAAUUUCUGGUUUCUUUAAUCUUCUUCUCUUUUACUUCUCACUGAAGUCUCAAGUUGGAAGUUCUAAAACAUCAGUGGCAUUCCUCAAUGCCUUCAAAUCGGAAGAUAUCAUUGCUCGAAUUGGACUAUGGUGGCAGCUAAUAAGGGCUGUUGUACUUGUACCUGUCUUCAAGUUCCUGGUGGCUCUAUGUUUGGUCAUGUCUGUCAUGUUCUUCGUAGAGGUUAUGUACAUGGGAAUCGUCGUUUUGUAUGUCAAGUUGUUCAAGAGAAAACCAGAGAAAAUUUACAAAUGGGAGCCUAUGGAGGGUGAUGUUGAGUGUGGCAGUGCAAGCUACCCUAUGGUUCUUGUGCAAAUUCCUAUGUACAAUGAAAAAGAGGUUUGUGAGCAAUCAAUUGCAGCUGCUUGUAAAAUUUCAUGGCCAUCGAAUCGUAUAAUAAUUCAAGUGCUUGAUGAUUCCACGGAUCCAGCCAGUAAGGAAUUGGUGAAAAGGGAGUGUGAUAGAUGGUCGAAAGAAGGUGUCAACAUAACGUUUGAGAUAAGGGACAACAGGAACGGAUACAAAGCUGGUGCGCUGAGAGAAGGAAUGAAGCAUAGCUAUGUGAAGCAGUGUGACUAUGUUGCUAUCUUUGAUGCUGAUUUCCAGCCUGAUCCUGACUUCCUCCACCGCACUGUUCCUUUCUUAAUUCACAAUCCCAAGUUAGCACUUGUACAAGGCCGGUGGGAGUUUGUGAACGCGGGUCAAUGCAUGAUGACGAGAUUACAGGAGAUGUCUCUAAGUUACCACUUUACAAUAGAGCAGCAAGUUGGAUCUUCAACAUUUGCCUUCUUUGGGUUCAACGGAACUGCUGGCGUCUGGAGAAUCACAGCAUUGAAUGAGUCUGGGGGAUGGAAUGACCAGACAACGGUAGAAGAUAUGGACUUAGCUGUACGGGCUACACUGAGAGGCUGGAAGUUUCUAUAUAUCGAUGAUCUCAAGGUAAAAAGUGAGUUACCUUGUUCAUUCAAAGCCCUGCGUAACCAGCAGCAUCGAUGGACUUGUGGCCCUGCCAAUCUAUUCAGGAAAAUGGCUGUACAAAUAAUAAGAAGCGAGAAUGUUUCUCUAUGGAAGAAGUUGUAUAUGUUGUACAGCUUCUUCUUCAUGCGCAAGAUCGUGGCUCACAUCCUCACAUUCUGCUUCUACUGUGUUAUCUUGCCAGCAACUGUAUUGUUCCCAGAAGUCACAGUUCCGAAAUGGGCUGCAUUUUAUCUCCCUUCUUUGAUCACUCUCUUAAUCGCAAUCGGUAGACUAAGAUCAAUCCACCUUUUGGCAUUCUGGGUUCUGUUUGAGAAUGCAAUGUCCCUGCUACGAGCAAAGGCUCUGGUCAUGGGAUUGUUAGAAACAGGAAGAGUACAAGAAUGGGUUGUGACGGAGAAAUUAGGUGAUACUCUAAAGACGAAGCUGAUUCCACAAGUUCCUAACGUCAGAUUCAGAGAGAGGGUACAUUUGCUGGAGCUAUUGGUUGGAGCGUACCUGUUAUUCUGCGGAAUCUACGACAUCGUCUACGGGAAGAACACACUCUAUGUGUACCUUCUGUUUCAGUCAGUGGCCUUCUUCGUUGUUGGUUUUGGUUUUGUAGGAAAAUAUGUUCCUGCUUCCUCUUACUUAGCAUAGGAUAGAUCAAAGAGUCUCAAUAUGUUUCAGAAGGUUUUUUUUUGUUGAUAUCAUAUUGAGAACAAUGCCUAUAUACUACUCUAGUACUCUCCAUUUGUAUUAACACUUGAGUGUCUGUAAACAACGAAGCUCAAAUGUGACCAAUAUAUUUUUUUUGAACAAUAUAAAACCACUCAAUACUUAUUUA